GUAAACAUGGCAACAACAGAAUGCUUUUAAAUGUGUCGUAUAUUUUUUUACCGAUUUUGCCUUAGUUUUUCCAUUUUUUGACAUUUGAAUGGAUGAUUUUGCAUCAGGAAGGGUUGCUAAAAAGGGAAGGAGAGCGAAUUUGUCGUUUGAACCGGGUAUUGAAGACGGAUCAGAUAACUUCAAUGGCCAAGCUAGUGAACCAGUUGCCAACAGCACAUCAGGACAGUUUACCGAAAAACCGUCGGUGAAGAAGAAGGGUGGUUGGGCAAAUGAAAGUCCAAAGGAGAAACGCAAAAGUGCAGUCAAGAAGAAACAAAAUGAUUCAGAUGUGACUACUAUUGAUGAUGAAAGGUUAAGAAAAGACCACCAGGUGGUAGAGGAGAGUGAUGAGAUUCCUGUCAUUCCUGAUCUUGAUGAUUUUCAAGAAGAAGAUCUUGCAAACAAAAUCGCUGCUCCACCAAGUGUCCAAGUAAAUCGUGUCGCAACAUACAAGGAGUUGGAUAAUGAUUUUCAAAAGCACUUAUACCUGCUGACUUUGGAUGAUGAAAUUGAUUUAAAGCUUUUGGGAAAGGUCUUAGCACCAGAAUCAACGGUCUUUGAAGAGGACAAAGUAUGGGAUUGGGAUAGACUCUUUACUGAAGUAUCAUCUGAAUUGCAAACAGAAUGGGAGACAAGAAAGACAAAGAAUGAAAACAGACCUCAACCACCAGUGGAAUAAUACCAUGUGUAAAUACUGUGUAAAUAGUAAAUACUGUAAUAAAGACAGUGAACUGGAUGUAGCAAAUGAAAAGAAUUAUUGUUGACUGUUGUGCUUUAUCGUAAAGCAGGGAGGUGUAGCACCCAAGUUUUACUGAUGAUCACAUGUA